UUUUUUUUUGUAAAACGCGCGCACUAUUAACAUUCAAUCAUAAAGUGCUCGCGUAUCUGCAUACGUUUUUUUUUUUAAAAAAAAUAUUUAUGUCCUCAAAUAGCAUAUGUUAUUCCUUAACUUCAUCCUCUUUCUUUUUUUUAUAUAUUGAAAAUAGAGAAUAUAUCAAACGAAUUUCACUGUACAGAAAACCCAUUUGGCAGUGUGAAUCUACUGGCAAAUCAAACUUAACUUAUAAACAAGCAUUAGAAAGUGAAAAGACUGAAAAAGAACGUGUUCAAGAUAAAUUUCCAGAACAACUUCAAAAGAAUGUUUUACUUCAUGUUCAAUUUCAAACUGCACGUCUGGAUACUAUUGUGGAUAAUACAUAUCAACGUUUUGCUAGUCACUAUGUUGAAGGAGAAAUUCUUUAUUGUAAUUGGGACAAUCGUCACACAGUUGCCGUUAAAGUUUUAAAUAUCAUUAAAAAACCUGAUUUUAAUGAAGAUUUGGAGGAUCAGAAGGAGAACAAUGAUAAGGAAGAUCAGGAAUAUUAUAAGAUUCGAGUUAUAUCCCCUAAAGGAUUUAUUAAAAAAGAUACUGUCAAGAUUGUACCCGGAACUAAAUUAAGACGUGAGCGAUAUGCGUUCUCUAAGAAUUUGCUCAAGAAAUUUAUUAAAGAAUAUACAGAAAAGGAUACAUAUAUUGGUGCCCCUUGGGUUGUUCGUGGAGAUAUUGCUAAAAAGUUUAGUAUCGAUACCAAGCUACCAAAAGAUUUACAAGCAGCAAAAGACCUUGCAUAUUCAAAAUCUCGGAAGAAGAGAAGUGAAGCCGCUGCCGCUGUAGCAGCAGCAGUUGCUGAAGCAGCUGCAGAUGUUAAUUCUAAUGAAGAACCAAAGCAGAUCAUGUUGGAUGCUAGGAGAAUCGAAAGUACCUUAAAGUACCCAAUGGAAGAUUUAAAUGUACCUGUCUAUAGAAGAGAUCCAGAUGGUUCAGGUCAAAUAGUUGAUAUGACACCAGGCACAAAAGGGGCAAACACAGAAGCAGAAAACCCUACAGGUGGUAUGCCUUUACGACCCCAACCUAAUUAUCAACAUACAAUUCCAAAUGAUAGCUUUGGAACAUUUUUAAUGGUCUGGUCCUUCUUAAGUGUUUUCUCACAGCCCUUAAAAUUAUCCCCUUUUAGUUUGAAUGACUUUGAAAGUGCUUUACAUCAUCAUGCAUCUUCAACUAUCAUGACAGAGAGCAAUGUUGCCCUACUGAAUGCAAUCAUUAAACAAAGAGAGCGUUUAAAAAAAGAAAGUUUAGGACAUGGGUCAACUGCUAUGGCUGCUGCAAUUUCGUUAUAUGGAUCUGGUUAUCAAGCUUCUAGAACAAUUGCACCACUUCCACAACAACUCCUUCAACAAGAAUCGCGUAGUCAGUAUAGUAGUGAUAAUGAAAAUGAAGAUGAUGAACACAUUUGGAAAGUACGACCACCAGUUCAACGAAGAGAGUUAGUAGUUGAGAGAGGAUGUGGUAGUGCAGAGGUCGAAGCUAUUGGUCAUAAUUGGGAUAAUGGUACUGUUGAUACAGAAGAAGAACGAAUAGGAUGGGAAGAUAUAUUAAUAGGUUUUAUUAAUCAGCUUGCACCAUUAGAACUUUUACCUGAUAUUGAUCGUAUUUUAAGUCAUCUUGUACCAAGUGCAACAUCUACUUUACAAGAGCGUGAACAAGCAUAUAUAUCUUUAAGUUUACGUGAUAAGCUUAUCGUCUUUGAACUUUUACUCAAUGUUGCCAAUGAAUCCUAUGUUAUCAAGAAUUAUAUGGAUGAAUGCCAAGAUCAAUUAACUGAACUUCGUAAACAAAAAAUUGACUUGAGUCGUGAGCGUAGAAGAAUUCAUGCUGAAAGACGUGAAUUGGAAAAUAAACAAAAUGAAGAAAAUAACCAAUUACCGGAAAUACAUGAAACUGAAGAAAGUGAAUCUGAUGAUGACACGAGUGAUAAUGAGGAUAAUGAACUUCUAAAAGCACAACGUAAAGCAGAACAGCUUUCUCGUCAUGAAUUAAGACUGGAAGCCCUGAAACGACGCCAACAAGAACGAGAAGAAAGAGAAGCUAAACGAUUGAAAUUACAUCAUCUUCAACGUGAGGAAGCACGUAUACGAAAUCAAGAGCUUAAAAUUCGAAAUGCAACUCGUAAACGACUUGAUGAAGAGGAACGAGUUAUGCACAAAAAGGAAGAACAGAUUGAACGUGAUAUGCGUAAAUAUAAUAAUCAUCGUAUUAAACCUCUUGGUCGAGAUAAAUUUUAUAAUCGUUAUUAUUACUUGGAUGAUAUUGGAGGCACAUUAUUGCAUGGUUCUGGAAGGUUAUUUGUUCAAAGUCCUAGUGAUACAGAUUUGAUGGUUUUGCAAGAGCGUGAUUCGAUUGAAUCAAUAGAUUUGGAUGUAUCUCUACCAUGCGGGCGUGGAGGAGGUGUUAAGUUUGUAUCUCAGUUAAUGAAGGAGCAAGGCUUAAUCAAAGAAGUGGAAUUUUUUGAAAAGCGUAUUGAAGCAUUGACAAAGAAAGAUGAUUCUUAUACGAGUGAAGAAUGGUGGCAAUCUUAUGAUGAGCCAGAAGAUAUACAACGGUUAUUAGACUGGUUAAAUCCUAAAGGUGUUCGUGAAUUUAGACUAAAACGAGAAUUAGAAAAGCAGUUUCAUAAUUUGUUAAAUGGAAUGAAAAAGCGUACCUUGGAUCAACAAAACUUAAAUAAAUAUGAAAUGAGUCGUCGUACCACACGUAGUAGAACCACUUAUCAAUAUCCACCAGGUUCUUGGCUUGCUUAUACAAACAAACUUGCCUAAAGAAAAAAAAACAUAAGAAUAUAAAUCGUCUCCUCAAUAUAUUAUUACUCUAUUUCCCCGCCCCGCACUAUUCACACUUCCUUCUCCUUUGAUUUAAAAUAAUACGCUAACAAUAGACUUUUUAUUUUAUAAUUAAUGUUAAUUUAAGGAUAUUUUUUUUUUAUUUUUUUUUAGUCCCACACUAUAAAACCUUGAGAAAAUAAAGCUCGAAAAUGAACGGUAAAUGCUUUAU